CAAACUCUUUAUACUGUCACUCCCGCGCACCACUCCUCAUACGCACCUCAUCGGCGAUUCUCCUGCUCGAUUGUGUUCAACAAAGUCGCUCCUCCUCCGUCAUCGCAGUCGCCUGUGUCAAUUUUUCGACCAAGCAUCAGCGGCGCUUCGAGAAGUACGUGGACCUCCAUUGUUAGGCAACUUCAUGCUUUGGCAGAGGCUGAAUCCAAACUUUCUAUUCAUCAUAAGAGAUUAUCUGAAAUUGAAGCUAAGAUCUCUAAGCUCCUUACUCUACAGAAAAAUUUUGAGGACCUUAAGGCACAGAUGGAGCUCAAGUCAUACGAUCUCUCACUAUUCCAGAGUAGGGCUGAACAGAAUGAACAUCAUAAGCUUUGUGAGCUUGUAAAGAGGAUCGAGCAGGAACUUUUAGAAGCAAAAUCUGCUGCCAGUGAAAAGCAACUUUUGUGCGACGAAUGUAUAACUACAGUGUCAUUGCUUAAAAAAUCAAUCUGUGAGAAUACUAAUAAUUGGGAUGUCAGGCUCAAAGAUUUAGAGAAAAAGAUUAAGGCAAUAAAAGCUCAAGUGCAGUCAGCUUCUAAGGACCUCAAGGGGCAUGCUAAUGAAAAGGAGAGGCUUCUUAUGGAAAUGGAAGCUGUCAAACAAGAAUGUGCAUCCUUGGAGAGUCAAUCAGUUUCUCUGAAGCAGCAGAUUACCAGUCUUACUUCAGAAGUAGAUGGACAUAAAACCAGGAUUGCUUCCAUAAGAAAUGCUCAUGAUCAGGCGCAAUCUGAGCUCAAUCUUUUCUGCUCAAAGAUAAAGGAGUGUGAUACACAGAUUAGUUGCAUUCUCAGGGAGCAGCAGGAACUUCAACACAAAAUUAGUGAGACAAAUCUUGAGAGGAAGAAGAUGGAAAAUGAGGGAAAACGAAUGGAGAUGGAACAGAAAAGUUGCUCCUUGAAGGUCGAAAAACUAAUAGAAAAGCAUGCUUGGAUAACACUUGAGAAACACCGAUUUGGAAGAAGUGGGACAGAUUAUGAUUUUGCAUCUUGUGAUCCUCAUACAGCAAGGGAAGAUUUUGAAAAGCUAAAAGUUGAGCAAUCAGGCCUUGAGAAACGAGUUAACAAGAAAGCUAUGGCAAUGUUUGAGAAAUCAGAAGACGAGUACAAUGAUUUAAUAUCAAAGAAGAACAUUAUUGAGAACGACAAGACAAAAAUCAAGAUGGUGAUUGAAGAACUUGAUGAAAAGAAGAAAGAAAUGCUGAAAGUUACUUGGGUUAAGGUUAACAAUGAUUUUGGAUCCAUAUUUUCUACACUAUUACCUGGCACAAUGGCGAAGCUAGAAACUCCUGAGGGAAGUACCUUCUUAGAAGGUCUUGAGGUUUGUGUUGCAUUUGGAAGUGUUUGGAAACAGUCCUUGUCAGAACUUAGUGGUGGACAAAGAUCUUUACUUGCACUUUCUCUAAUUCUGGCACUGCUUCUGUUUAAACCAGCUCCACUUUAUUUACUGGAUGAG